GAAAUCUCGCGAGAUUUGGCGUCUUCACAUACGUGGCUUUUCUGUCUGCUUUUCCGGUUUGGGUGAAUCACUAAUAGCCGUCAACAUGGAGCUGGAGGCCAUGACCAGAUACACGAGUCCGGUGAACCCGGCUGUAUUUCCUCACCUCACUGUGGUGCUGCUUGCAAUUGGAAUGUUCUUCACAGCCUGGUUUUUUGUCUACGAGGUAACGUCCACAAAAUACACACGAGACGUAUACAAGGAGCUGCUCAUCUCACUGGUCGCGUCACUCUUCAUGGGCUUUGGCGUUCUCUUCCUGCUGCUUUGGGUUGGAAUCUAUGUGUGAUGGUUGCAGGUUGACAAGAACAUUCCAACUGCUCUCCUUUAGUGCUUAUAGAUGUCUCUACACACACACACACACACACACACACACACACACACACACACACACACACACACACACAGGGAUUGGACUUUGCACUGGCAACAUUUUGAACAGUUUGUGCUUUGAAUUCUCCAAUAAAGAUUUUGUACAAAUUUCA